GAAAAAAUUGGUAGUAUGUAGUUAUUUGAAAGGUGAUGCUAAAAAACUAAACUAAUCAACUAGUUGCUUAAUAAGUAGUCUUUGUCGUUGUCGUCGUUGUUGUCAUGGCUUGUGUGCCUUGUGCCAUAGAAAUGGAGCCUAAGACCUUGAGUCCAGUACAGAUUAACCAUGUUAAGGAACAGGCAGUAGCAAUACAAAAUUUGGAGCCAGAAAUCGCCUCAGAAGUCUUCGUUCAGGGAUUGAGGGAGGGAAUGGAGCAGAUUACUGAAGGAAAUAAUGAUAUAAUCGGAGUUGAUGCCACUAGUAACGUUGAUGAAUGCAUCAAGGAAGAAAAGAAUAAAAUAGAAAAGUCACACCAUUGCUUAUGCAACACUCCUUUAAUUCAGUCCCCUGAUGAAGUUAGGCAAAAGGAGCCUGUUACUGCUCCUUUCUAGUCUUCGAUAUUCUUGGUAUUAUUGAUCUUUACAUAAAUAAAGACUAUAAGGGAUGAUAUCAAACAGCUACUUUGGCCAUUUCUCCAUUGUUAAUUCUCGUCUAUGUGGUCUCUUCGAAGAAAUCUGAUAAAAUUGGAACGGUAUAGGAAAUUCUUGUCUAUGUAUAUCAAGGAACUAAUUGUGCGGUAAAUAUGUUACAGCGACGUGAUAUGAUUCAUUAUAUGCAGGCAUAUCAAUAUAUAUGAGAUAGUAAGCUGUCCUU